UCUCUCUCACGCACACACACUCACAGAUUAAUAACGUUAGUCUGUGUCCAAAACCCACAACCAGCAUUGGCUUUUUGCCUUCUGUUUCUUUGCUUGUAUGGCAAUUAUCUAUGUCCUCCUCUGCUUCUGCUUCUGCUUCCUCUGCUCACUACUGUGAAUGGGGGGGAAGAAUCAUUAUAUGAAUUUCUUGUUUUUAUCCUUUGCUACCCUUUCCAUUUUAUUUUUCUUAUGAUUUUUUAGCUUAAAGAGUAGUGGGUACUUUACUUGAAUUCCCUGCUAUCAUUUCGUCUCUCGUGCUUUACCUUUCUCUGUUCGCCUCUGUAUUAAGUUCCUCAUACUGUUUUUUUCUUUUUCUCUUCACCCUUUGGAAUCAUUUUAUUCUUCUUUUCCCUUCUCCUUCGUGUGCUUACGAGAAGAAUAAAGGUGUUCAUGGAAAUUGACCUGAACCAGGCAGUGAAAGAGGGAGAGAAGAGUGCAUGCUAUGGAGAUCAUGGCAAGGCUGGUGGUAUUAUUUGUUCUCUGUCUUCUUCAUCGUCCUCUUCUUGUUCUUCAACUUCCUCUGCUUCUCCCGUGACUUCUUCAAUUUACUUGGAGCUAUGGCAUGCAUGUGCUGGCCCUCACACCUCCCUGCCCAAGAAAGGGAGUGUAGUCGUCUACUUCCCUCAAGGUCACUUGGAGCAGACUACUGCUUCCUCACCUUUCCCAUGCUUAGAAAUGCCCACCUUUAAUCUCCAGCCCCAGAUAUUUUGCAGGGUCGUUAAUGUCCAACUACUUGCCAACAAAGAGAAUGAUGAGGUCUAUACACAGGUGACAUUGUUUCCUCAACCAGAGUUGGCGGAGAGGAAUUUAGAGGACCAGUGCCUGGAAAAUGAGGUGGGGGUUGAGGAGGGUAAUGGACCUGUGCCCUGCAAAUCAACCCCUCAUAUGUUCUGUAAAACGCUAACAGCUUCUGAUACUAGCACUCAUGGUGGGUUCUCUGUCCCACGUAGAGCUGCAGAGGACUGCUUCCCUCCCUUGGAUUAUAAACAGCAAAGGCCCUCCCAGGAGCUCAUUGCCAAGGACCUUCAUGGAGUUGAAUGGAGAUUUCGACAUAUUUACAGAGGUCAGCCACGGCGCCAUCUGCUCACCACUGGAUGGAGUACAUUUGUUAGCCAAAAGAAUCUUGUUUCAGGUGAUGCAGUGCUCUUUCUGAGGGGUGAAAGUGGAGAACUGAGGUUGGGAGUGCGAAGAGCUGGUCGUCCUAGAAAUGGUUCUCCUAAUUCAAUUCCUGGCAACCAUAAUAUGCAUCUUAAUGUUCUUUCCCCUGUUGCUAAUGCGAUAUCCACCAAGACCAUGUUUCACGUAUUCUACAGCCCAAGGGGAAGUCCAGCAGAGUUUGUCAUUCCUUAUCAAAAAUAUAUAAAAAGUAUAACCGAUCUAGUAUCUAUUGGAACGAGGUUUAAAAUGAGAUUCGAGAUGGAAGACACAGCAGAGAGAAGAUGCAGCGGUGUAGUGACUGGUAUAGGUGAUGUCGACCCUUAUAGAUGGCCUGAUUCAAAAUGGAGAUGUUUGACGGUCAGAUGGGAUGAAGAUAUUGCAAGAGAACAUCAACAACGAGUUUCUCCUUGGGAGAUUGAGCCCUCCAUAUCUCUGCCAGCCUUCAAUGUUCCAUCUGCCCCAAGGUUGAAGAAAUUUCGGAGCAGUCCACCAUUAACCUCACCAAUUAUCCCUAUAAAUGCAGGAGGGAGUGACUUUUUGGACUUCGAUGAAUCUGUGAGAUCCUCUAAGGUCUUGCAAGGUCAAGAAAAUGUUGGUUUCAUACCACCAAUGUCUGGUGGUGGAAAGGUCAACCAUCCGGUGGACUUUGAGAUGAACAAUCCAGCAAGCCAAAUGUCAACCCGGUUAGAACAGACUACAAAUAGUGAUUUUAUGAGAAAACAAUCCUCCACUUAUACAGGCUUUGCGGAAUCCAAGAGAUUCCAGAAGGUCUUGCAAGGUCAAGAAAUAUGCCCCUUGCCAUCCCCGCAUGGAAGAGCUGAGGUCAACCUUAGUGCUUGGGAAAAGAUUGGUCGUAGUUGCAACAUGUUCAAUAUGUAUCAGGGGGCCAACCCAGUGAUGUAUCCAUUUUCUUCCAAUGCCAGAAGCAUGUAUACCCCAUUUAAUGACACGUAUGUUUCAAGCCACGAUCCUGUGAUGCAUCCAUUUAUGGCUAGUUUCCACACAGAGAGUCUCCAAUUCAACAUGCCUUCCUUCCAAAAAAGGUUCCCUGGCUGUACAAGGGAUGAAGAAUACAAUCCAAGUUCACAUAAUUCAUUGGAAGAGCAGAAGCCACCUGACAGCUUAGCUGCUCAGGCUACGUUUGACACAGAUGCCAAAAACCAGAAGUGUGAAACUUGGGAUGAGACGUCCACUGGCUGUAAACUGUUUGGGUUUUACUUGACUGGAGAAAGUCCUAGUCCCAACCGGCAGAGCUCCAGUAGGAGGAGUUGUACGAAGGUUCACAAGCAAGGAAAUUUAGUUGGAAGGGCUAUUGAUCUUUCAAGAAUGAAUAGCUAUGAUGAUCUGCUGAGUGAAUUAGAGCAGUUAUUUGCCAUGGAGGGCCUUCUACGCAAUCCUAAGAAAGGGUGGCAAAUUCUUUACACUGACAGCGAAAAUGAUAUGAUGGUUGUUGGAGAUGAUCCUUGGCACGAGUUCUGUAAUAUUGUAUCAAAGAUCCACAUAUAUACACACGAGGAAGUACAGAAGAUGAUGAUUGGGAUGGCCAACGAUGAUACCUAUAGUUGUUUGGAAGAAGCUCCUGGAAUUUUGGAUGCUUCAAAAUCUUCUUCUGUGGGACAGCCAGAUUCUCCAACGGUAAUUAGGAUAUGAAAAGUGCUUAUAUUGGGAAUUAUGUUUGGUAACUAAUAGAUACAUAGAAAUCUUCUAGUUCAGAAUUCAGGUCAGUUGUCCUAUCUGCCAUUAUUCUAAUUAUAAGUUUCACUUAUUUACUUAUCAGCUACAAAUAUCUGAACUCUUGAA